GGCCGUGCCGGUGGGCGCCGGCAGUCAGGCGGCUGAAGAGUGGGGGCGUUAGAGUUGUCGCCAUGGGUAACACCGUCGCCAGGGAGGACUUCGAGUGGGUGUACACGGACCAGCCUCACGCCGACCGCCGCAAGGAGAUCCUGGCCAAACACCCGGAGAUCAAAGAGCUGAUGAAGCCUGACUACAACCUGAUCUGGGUGGUGGUGCUGAUGGUCGCGGCGCAGCUGACUGCCUUCUAUCUGGUUAGAGACCUGGACUGGAAGUGGGUGGUAUUCUGGGCAUAUGUGUUUGGAAGCUGCAUCAGCCACUCCAUGACUCUGGCCAUUCAUGAAAUCUCUCACAACAGUGCCUUUGGCAACUGCAGAGCGAUGUGGAAUCGAUGGUUUGGAAUAUUUGCCAACCUCCCCCUUGGGCUGCCCUACUCAAUAUCCUUCAAGCGAUACCACAUGGAUCACCAUCGAUACUUGGGAGGCGAUGGAAUUGAUGUGGACAUUCCCACCAACUUUGAAGGCUGGUUUUUCUGCACUCGCUUCAGGAAGUUCAUCUGGAUUGUUCUUCAGCCAUUUUUCUAUGCCAUUAGACCCCUCUGCAUUAAUCCCAAACCAAUUACUCGACUUGAAAUCAUCAACUUGCUGGCUCAGCUUUCCUUCGAUAUUGUGAUCUACUAUUUGUGGGGAGCCAAAUCCCUUUUUUACAUGCUUGCUGGCUCAUUACUUGGCCUUGGGUUGCACCCGAUUUCAGGACACUUCAUAGCUGAACAUUACAUGUUCUUAAAGGGGCACGAGACUUAUUCCUAUUAUGGGCCACUUAAUUUGCUCACUUUUAAUGUUGGCUAUCACAACGAGCACCAUGACUUCCCCAAUAUUCCUGGCAAGAGCCUUCCACUGGUGAAGAAAAUAGCAGCUGAAUACUAUGACAACCUGCCACAGUAUAACUCUUGGAUAAAAGUACUUUAUGACUUCGUGAUGGAUGAUACAAUCAGCCCUUACUCACGCAUGAAAAGGCAAUUAAAGGGUGAAGUGAAGCAAGAUUAAACUUCUGGCAACCGAAAAAACUUUGUCUGCUUGCUUUGAAGUGACUGGUACAAAGUCUCUUGCUAAAGAUGUUAACUAGUGUCCUGAGUUAAGAUCCACAGCAACACAGCAAUGCAUUCUUAAGGUUAUUUUGUAGGAGGCUACUUCCAUCUACAGCAUUCCUAGCAGUACUCAGAUUCAUUGGUUAAAUGUGUUUGUUUGCCUAAGGAUCAGUGUUAUAUACACAACGCUAAAUCUCUUUGUUACAGGAUUUACUUUGGCAGGUGUUAAAUCUGUAUGAAAUGUGUUUGGCGCUCAUAUUUUACAAGUUCUUAAUGUAAUGCACUGCCCCUACCAUGCAGUUUAGACGAUGGUAGUAUUAAGAUGCUGUACUUAUCUGUUAAUUCUAAACUAACAUGAUUCGGUCAACUUAAAUCUCCUGUUGAACUUAUUUCCUGGUUCAGGGGUGGAAAAACAAAAUAUCUGUUCUUGUUGAAGUAGGUAAUGUUGUUUGAAGCAUUACUCAAAACUACCUGCUCUACAGAGAGUACUCUAAAGGAGCAACGUGUCACUUAGAAUGAAAUAGCCAUGUUCUAGAUGGCUUAUGUGGUGGCCUUGUUAAAAGGGGGGAAUUUGAUGGUAUCACUGUUGUUGAGUGUCCUCACCUACUCCUUAAGUGACUUGUGCUAGUAUAUAGCUUGAACAGCCAGUGCCUGAAGUUGUACCUGCUGUGAGGGAACUUGGCAUAAUUGAGGUUUCUCUUACUGCAAAAAUCUUGCUAUGGUUUGGAAUUCUUAUUAUCUACAAAGGAAAAUGAGAAGGUAGAAUCUGGUUGGUUCUGCUGUUUCCAUGGAUUUAAAUACUGCCUCUAAUAUUUACACUUGCUUGGAAAUUUGGCUGGUAUGGACGACCAAAUCAGUUGAACCAGAUAGUGUUCUGGCAAACAAUGCUAGCUACAACAACUGCAACUUGACCUUUUCAGUGUAUUAGUUCUUUAUGUGUGCAGAAAGCUGUUGCUAAAUGUUCUUUUUUUUUUUUUUUUUUUUUUAAACCUACCCUACAUAAACACUGGUCUUACUUACAUAAUAAAAUGUGGUGAGAGCACAGGUGAUGCUAUUGAAUUACUUGAAGCAUUUAAAGUGGGAACAAAGAAUGGAUUUACUGAGCACUGAAGAACCUUUAUGUACCUCAACACAGCAUACUUCUUUUGUAUCAUUUAAUGCGUUGGUGAUAAUCUUAAGUUGUGGAAGAUGGAUACAAAUUGCUCCCAAAUAUCAAACGGUGAUUCUAUGACGUGUUCUUCUUUUUAAAAGGUGGAAUCUGAUAAAGGUAGAAGGCUCAGGCUGCUGUCUAUGCUGGUCUGCUAUAAUUUCAUUUUUUUGAUGCCUUUCAUGCCUGCAUUUUUUUUUUUUUAGAUGGAAUACCUGAGAAGCAUACAUCCUUACAUCUUAAUCCUCACUUGAUUGCAGUUCUAUUUCUAAUAGAGCUUUUGCUUUUUUUCUAUAGAAGCCUGGGCCCUUAUAUGUGAUUAAGUAAUAGAAGUGGUAUGAAGGUAUGCCAACCAACCAUUUACAACAUGACUUCAUUGUGAUACUAAUGAUGUAGUAUUUAGCCAGCAUAUUGCUCAGGGUACAGUGUAAUGUCCAAGUAGACCUUAUUCAGUAUUUUUACAUGUGAUUAAAAAGCAAAGAUUGAAGUAAUAAUUGGGUGAGUUUUUAACUGAUCCCUUAACACUGAAGUUCUAGAUCAAGCUAGUAUUCAGAUGGUUGCUGCAAGAAGAGCUGUCCUGCUGAGUGGUGUUGUGGAAUGAACUGUUAAGAAUUACUGCCUAUUCUUUCUACUCUGAAGAAAAUUUGGUUUGGAAGAUUUGAAUGGAGUUAAAUUGUAAAACAGUUUAUUUUUAAGCCCCUUUUGUAUGUCUGCUCAAGUGAGGAAUUGAAUGGUGGUAGCAAGUAUCUUCAGUGUUGAUGGCUCACCAUAGCAAAAUGAAGGAUGGGAAGUCCCUCCAUAAGGUUUUAUAGCUACAAGACUGGAUAAAUCAAUUAUCUUUAGUUACCUAGGAAAACUGAGAUCAGAGAUGAACUUCUUUUGUUAGGCUUAGUAGCCUACUUUCAACUCUGAUCACAAACACUUUUAAGUGCAGGAUGGUGGAGAGAUCUGAGGAAGUUAUCUAUGCUUGCCAUCAUCUUUCUGAAACCUCUAGCUAUGAUUCGAGGAACACUUGUACUAGGUUAAUCUGAGCCAGUAAGACUUAAUGUUUGGAUCUGAACUCAUUAGGUUUUUGCCAGCAUGGGUAACUACCCUUCUGAGGUGUCUAAUCUCUGCAUUGCAUAAGAGUUAUCUGCAUCUAACUUCAAUAGCAGGCGUUGUGCUAGAAGCAGAUCAUCUCAGAGCUGACCUAUAUUGCAGCGUAGCUUCAUUCUUAAAGAGAAAGUUAAGAGCCCUUCUGAACCACUGUGAAGAAAUUAAGAUCAUUUGGGAGUACUGCAUUUGUAUUAGAUAUAUUCUUAACUGUUAUGAUUUUUCAGUCUGACAGUACAACACAAAUAAGAAACAUAAACAAACUUCUUAUUUAUACGGACAGUGUAGUUAUUGUUUAAGGAAUUAAAUAGUCUUCAUUAAUGCUGCUAAAAUGUGUCUGGCAGAAGCAGCUUGGUAUUAUUCUUGAAAGACAUAACAUGAUGGAGGCAGCAUCAACUAGCCAGUGAAGAUGAAACUCAACCUAAAGAGCACUAAGGACUUUGACAGUUAUUUUCAAUUCUAGUCAGAUGGAAUGAGCUUAGAUUAAUGAGCUGUUUGAGUUUAUUCUGUCCUGUGUGACUAAAGCAUCUUACUAGGUUGUCAGUUAAACUUUUCCUUUAUGUGAAAUCAGCCUGGAGUUUAACUGUCAAAACACAGCUGACCAAGGGUCAACUGUUAAAUGUCAUCCAAGUAUUGUAGCUGCAGUUAAAUAGUGCAGAGCUCUGAAUGCCCCUCAGGGCUUUCUGAGCAACUCUUUCUGAGCAAAGUUUUCAGAGUAAAUUGCUGUUCAUGGUUCUCCACACUUCCUUCCCCUGCCCCCGAUUAUUUGAAGUUGCUUAAGUGCAGUAAGUAAUGCAUCCUGGAAUCUGAUCCAAGACAGUUUUCCCACAGGACAGGUGUAGAUUAAUUCCUCUUUCAAAAUGCCUUUGGCAUUCCAGUUUUGCUGUGGAACCUGUCUGUUGCAGGACAGUAGCCAAAUUAUCCCAGAUUAAAUGGCUGCACCCUUCUGUCUGUAUGACUCCAUACUUUCAGAUCCAAGCAAGUCUUUUUACUUGGAGCCAUAUGUCAAUCAAAAAGUAGUUAUGGUUUCUGGUUCUGUAUCUAUAUUAAAACUUUUCUGCUAAGGCUUUAAAUGUAGCUUGCAAGUACAUAACACGUGCUUUAAAUGAAAAUCUAUAAAUGCUGAGAAAUGAUCUUUUCUAGGUUAGCAGGCAGUGUUACAUAAUGAGCUCAGCAGUGUCUCCGCCCCCUCGCCCUUUGUUCUCACACCAGAUGAAGUGCAGUGCUGCAGCGGAACUUUCAUCCAUUUUCCAAUAUAUAACCAAGUUCCACAAUCAGUAAGGUGGCCUCAUGCCAUGUACUUGGUCACUGGCACUUCUCCUCUGCUUAAAGUGCCAGUGCUAUGGAUGAAUCUGCAGGCUGCCAUGCCCAUUCUGGUGGAUGACGAGUAGAAAAGUUGGUUUCAGAUAGUAGGCAAGGGCACUAUGUGCUGUUCAAGAUACAGCUUUAGAAAAGUGCACUCUUUUGUAACUUGAGUUUUGAGACUUAGGGCAGAACAAAUUCUGUUGUACUUAGCACAAAGCCAGGUAUUUCUAGCAUGCAGAUAUGCCUUUAUAGCAAUCUGUAACUGUACAUGUGCAAUUCUGUCAAAUCCUGUAUUUCAAUCAAGCCUGCAAUAAUAGAUAAGACUUCUUUAGGAGAAGAAUUUCCAAAACUUUCCAAUUGAUCCUACACCAGCAGAUUUUGUGUUGAGACUUCUCUGAACCAUCUCCGCUCCCUAUGCAUGCUUAAGCUACCACAUAAUAUGCCCUGGUAGAGACUCAUUGUGAUUUAGAUCCGUGGCUAGCCUCAGGAAAAAGGAGGGAAGAAUGGCAUGAUAAACUUUUUCUUGAUCUUGUCCCAACAGAAAUAAGAUGACUAGAGGGAAAACUUCCUUUAGAUACAUCUGCUAUUAAGCAAGCAGCUGCAUAUGCAGAACAAAGUCUUCUCUGUGCAGUAAGAACAGGCUUGUUCUUGAAGUGAUGUCUAUUUUUUUUUAUGUAUGGGCACAAAGAAUCUUGCAUUUUUUCUUAUGAACAGUUUUUCAGUGAUGAAUGUUGUAGCCUAAGCAGAACUCCUCACAAGAAAAAGGAGUGUGGGUAUACUUGUGUGAGCACUCAAACAGAGUACAGCUGAAUGCUUUCCUGCUCCUUGACAAACAGGUAGCCCAGACAUGGUAAGCAGCUUCAACUUCAAAUUUUUGGUAAUUUCAAAUCUUCCUACACUGAGUUACUUUUCAAAUGUCACACUUUAAGAGGAAUGAUCAUCAGACACCUUGAACAUUACACAUAUUUCAGCAAGACAAGCUAUUACUACUACUUACAUAGUAUUUCUUUCUUGAUCUUGCUUCUACCCUGCUUUCUUGUUUCUUGUAUAUACAUAGGAAUAAUAUCAUGGCAAGAGAAAAGGAGGAGAGAAUUCUUAACAUAUAUGCCAGGACUUGAGGAUUUGACUCAUUUGUAAGCUUGUUAACUAUAGCUAUACUUAAGUCUGAUAGCAGGGUUUUCUGUUAUGGAUAUAUGGAGGAAAACAUCCAUGUGGUUAUUUUCAGUUGUGAAAGAGCGGCUUGCUUGCCACACCUUUUUGUAAGAAAGGAUGCCAGGUAUUUCUGCAUUGUGGUGCAACUUCAGUGAUACACACUUUUCUUCUAAAUUUUAUAUGUAGCUUAUUUCUUGUUUGAAACUGUUGCAUGUUGCCAGUGAGUUUAAAAAAAAAAAAAAACCCAAAAA